GUCAUCAACCUGAGCCACGCAGGCGGCGCGCCAUGGCCGCCGCUCGCGUCCGGCCAUUUGCGGUGCGGGGCGCGGAGUUUGUGCGGCUUCGUUUGUUGGCUUGAGAUCGCCGCGGCGGGGGAGCGGCGGCGGAAAAUGAAGUGAGAAGCUCCGGCGGUGGGCGUCCGGGGGCGCCGGUCCCGGGAGCUGCCAUGGCUCGAAAUGCGGGCGGGGUGUGCCCCUACUUCUUACAAGGGAACUGCCGCUUCGGUGACAGAUGCUGGAACGAACACCCGCGCUACGGGCGACCUAACCAGGCGUAUUCGCAGAACUCAGGCUCCAGUCGAAGAGGAGGAUGGAGCGGCCAUAAUCAGCGUUAUAGUAGUGUGGUGCAGGCAUCCAGUUUUUCUAAGUCUUCCAACUGGCGUGACAGUAGAGAUCCAGGUUCCUUUUCACAGAAUAGGUUUACUGUUCUAGACUCCAAUGAAAAUCUCAGCAAUGGUGCCAUUAAAGAUGAAGAAGAGAAGUUACUUGAAAUAAUCAGGAAAGACAUGGAGAUUUGGGAGUCUUCAGGACAAUGGAUGUUUUCUACUUAUUCACCAAUGAAAGAAAAGCCUAAUAUUUCAGGUUUUUCAGACUUCUUACCAGAAGAACUACGUCUUGAAUAUUAUAAUUGCAGAGCAAACAAUGAUACACAGAAUUAUAUCAAUUCAGUCCAGCAGUUAUUAACCCAAUGGAGAACUAGAUUGCACGAGUUGAAAAAUAUAAAUGCAUCUACUAAAGCCAAAUUGAUAUCUGAAUUUAAGAAUGCAGUUGGCCAACCACCACCUGCAUUUGGAUUUGGAGGACAACAGGCGCCCACAUUUGGAGCAUCAACUUUUCCUGUGGAUAAACAGAGGAGUACUCCAGCCUUCUCCUUUAAAUCGCCUUCUGAGCAAGCCAGUGUCCCAUCUGGAAGCACACCUGCAUUUGGAAGCACACCUGCAUUUGGAAGCACACCUGCAUUCGGCGCUCAGAGUACCACGGCCACCCCUGCUGUCUCCCAUUCUGUUGGCUUUGGGAACCCGAUGGCUUCAUCUCCAGCUUCCUUUUCAUUUAAAAUGGGUUCAAAUUCUGGUGGACCUGGCGUUCCUGGCUUUUCAGGUUUUGGAAAACCCUUUCCUGUCAGUUCUUCAGACACUACAUCUGCCUCGAGAUUUGGCACAUCAGUCGUCACCUCCACUUUAACUACAGGGAACACUCCAUUUGGACAGCCAGCAAAUGUCUUUGGAGUUAAUGCCUCAUUGACAUCUCCAGAAACUUCAGCCAGCCUUACAUCAGAAACGUUGUUUACAUCAAAAGCUGACCUUUCUGCUGAAGAACUGAAGCAAUUUGAAGCCAAAAGAUUCACACUAGGAAAAGUCCCUUUAAAGCCACCACCUGUCGAACUUUUAAGUCUGUAGUGCAUUCUAAAGACACUCUUCCCUCAAUCAGCUAACAUCAAAUACUCUUGAAAGUAAUCUUCCUGAAUUUUGGGGGUUUUUUGUUUUGUUUUUUGGUUGCUUACUAGCAAUUGCUUGAGAAUUUUUUCAUCUACUUCUAGUAAUGUGUGAUCUAUUUGAACUCAUUCCACAAUGGAAUCUUAACUUGAGAAUAAUACUUAGUGAAACAUCCCUUGACAAUAAACAUACAAUGGAGGAAGAUUAGCUAUUCUGAUCUUUGACUGUCGUACCUUAUUGUAGGGGUGGAUACUUGUGCCUUUCAAUAUUGUUGGAAUACAACCGUUAUCCUUUUUCCUCAUUGGCUGUGCUGGCUAGAACGGAGGAAAGUUGCAGCCCAGCAACUUCUUACGGGCCACAAAUUUCCCAUCCUAGCCAUACGUUGGUGUAAUUGAUUUCUAAGAAACUAAAAUGCACCCUCUUCAAAAUCAUAUCUUUUAAUUAGACUGCUUGUUCCCCACCAAUACCAGAGUUUAAGAGAUUGAGAGCACAUCCUCUUCUGCUAUUGGAAUAACCAACAGAUAAAUUGGUACCUUUGUAGUCUUCAGCUGUACCUUUUCUAGCUAUAGCUGGUUGGUUUUGACUAGCAUCUCUAUCCAGAAUGCUGUAGUGGGGAGACUGUAAAACUAGUACUCAGGACAUUCAGGUUCAGAUGUCCACUUGGUAGUGGAAAUGCGCAGAAUAUAUGUGUUGGCUGUCUACAAGGUCUGCAGCUGCUACUUUUUUUAAAACAAAAGUUUGUAAUGUUUGUUUUAAUAUAGUAAGCCAC